AUGUCUAGUUCGCCACCCCAUAAAGGUGGGAAGGCCCCAGAAAAGUCCCCAUAUUGGAGCCACGCACAAGAAUUUCCUAUUACGCCAAAGAUAAUCCAAUCAGAUCAAGUUCCCCCCAGAAUAGGACAAAGAGCAAGAACUUACAAAUAUGUUCCAUUGUGUCAUCCAGGGAAACAGAAAGCACCCCGAGAACCAACAACCAGUACGUCUGGUCCUUCUAGAGAACAAGCGAAAGCGCUACUCAAAAUCAGAGACACACUCGACAACAAUGACUUCGAGAAACACGCAGAGUUAAUGACGACCUACCUGCUAUGUUACAAUCCGGAGAAGAUGAAAGUGAUCGCGGUUGAGAGAACAUCUACCCAAGAAAAAGGCCACCAACCAAAUACGGAAGAACAUGGUAACCCCCGACAAGAGACCCUUCAUCCGGAGACAAAUCCAGUCCCAAAAGACCUCAGAACGGCAACCAGUCAAGAAAACGCGAACAAGAAACAGGUAGAGCCCAAGAAGCAGAAACCAGCAAAGGCAGCCAAAAGGAAAAUCCCACUAGGUAGACCGUUAUCAGACGAUGAAGAAGUAACCGAACCAACCAACAGGGGAGGUGACUUUGUUGAAAACAGGAUAGAAUUUGCCGAUGGGAAAAUUCGAAAAAUCAAAGGCUACGUCCCAAUUUUGAUGUUCAACAAAGCUUGGUUAGAAGCCAACCAAGACAUUGAAGGGAAGAAAACAUCGAAGAAGAAAAACAAGGAUGAAGAUGAUGAUUUGGAAGAUGAGAAGUAUGAAGGACUUACCUAUCCAUCCAAACUGCAGGUGACGUAUGGAGACUGGGUCACGUGUUUCAACCUAUUCUUGGACUGCUUAGAGAAAUGGUUCCAAUUCAAGAAGUUGGUGAGGAAGUUUGAAGAGCACAAGAGGAAUGUGGAGAAGGUGAAAAGUGAGAACGAUGACAACUGGAUGGUAGUGUUGAGGUAUGAUAUCAUGAUUAGGAGACAAUUAUGGACGACUAGAGUUGAAGGAGGGAAAGUCGGUGACCCAUCGGUUUGA